AUGGAAAAGGGUCAGGGAGUUCCCCUGCCGAUGACAGAUCCAGCACCACCAUACCCAGGCCCCCCUGCAGGCAUUGACAUGAGAGGCCAUCAGGGAGGCCCUCCUCCGUCUGCUGUCUACUCUGCUCAACAACCUGUAUACCAGUACUCCCAGCAACAGCCUCAGAUCACACAGCCUGUGAAUCAGGUGGUUGUGGUGCAGCAGGUGCCAACUGAGGCUCCGGGACAGAUGAUAUGUCCUCGCUGCCAAAAGACUGUACUCAGUCAAACCGAAUACAAAAAUGGUUUGCUUACGUGGAUGAUCUGUGGGAUACUUGGAGUCUUCUUGUGCUGGCCUUGCUGUUUCAUCCCCUUCUGUGUGGAUGCCUGUAAGGAUGUGCAGCACUCCUGCCCCGAGUGUCACACCGUCCUGCAUGUCCACAAACGCAAUUGA